AUGAUAUCUGUGGUACUAGAAAGACUAGGACUUGAGGGAAAGCGAGUAUUAAAGGCGGUAGUUAUUGGAUUAUUUGCUUCACUUUAUUUGCUGUACAAGAACGAGUUUAGCAUCGAGCGGUCAAUAAGGUCAUUGGUGAAGAGCGGGCAAGAGAUUAGCCAGGUUAUUCGGGAGAGAGUGAUGCUAGGACGUUGGGCACCGAGGACAUCCGAGCAGGAGGAGGUUAUUUUGAAGAGAGGAGGGUAUGUUGGAGGGUUAGUGAACGAUGGGAAUACGUGUUUUAUGAACUCUGUGUUGCAGUCGUUGGCAUCGUCGAAGGAGUUGGACAGGUUCAUGGAGGUUUUGGUGGCGGAUGCGCAGGAAUCCGAGGAGAAACCGGAAGAAGAAGAAGAAGAAGUAGAAGAAGCGCCAAAGCCAGAAACCAAAGCGAAGCCAAACGGUAAGAAAAAGAGUUAUGGGAAGCGCAAGAAGCUAGCUGCACGUGCGGCAGAUGAGAAGCUACUGGAGGCCACCAGCUCUGCUGCUGCUGUGGAGCCUAACGUGAAGUUUACCCUGGCAUUACAGGAGCUUUUAUCGAAGUUGAACGACAAGCAUUACCGUAACAGGCCGUGGUUCAAAACCAACAAGCUUUUGAAGACUAUGACCAAGGCACCAAACAAAAACAUCAUCUUGGGAUACGACCAAGAAGAUGCGCAAGAGUUCUUCCAAACCAUCCUUUCUGAACUUGAAAAGAACGUCGAAAGCAUAUACGGUAAGCCCGAGAAGGACCCCAAGCCGGUGAAAGAGGAGGAUCUUCCGGAGGACGCCAUAAUUGGACAAGCCAGCCUUGGUGAGAUCGGCGAUGUGUUCAUUCCAACGGCCCAGAUCGAUCCAAACUCUGUUUUGAACUCGGAUCAGAAACUCUUCUCUCCAUUCAAGAUCGUUACGCCCUUGGAUGGUAUAACUGCAGAAAGAAUUGGGUGUUUACAAUGUGGUGAGAAUGGUGGAAUCAGAUACUCGGUGUUCUCUGGGCUCUCUCUAAAUUUACCCAGCGAUAACAUUGGGUCGCCCAUCAAACUAUCCGAGCUUUUGGACGAGUGGGCGAAACCUGAGAUCAUCGAGGGUGUUGAUUGUAACCGUUGCGCUCUUUGUGCUGUGGUGGAACACUUGGAGGGCCAGUUGAGGACCAUUCAAGAGCAAGCCGAUGUGAACCAAAAGUUAGUCGCCUUGAUUGAAAAUAGGAUUAAAGAGGUAAAGAACGUUCUUUCCAAACCAGUCAUUGACGAUGAGGAUUACAAAAAGUUGCACACCGAAAACAUGGUGCGUAAAGCAUCGAAAUCGAAACAAAUUCUAAUUUCGAGACCUCCUCCUCUGUUAUCGAUUCACAUCAACAGAUCAGUGUUUGAUCCACGUACAUAUAUGAUCCGUAAGAACAACUCGCGGGUUAUCUUCAAGAGCAGAUUGAACUUGUCGCCUUGGUGCUGUGAUCAUGAUGAGAUAAACCUCGAUGCCCGUCUUCCGAUGUCCAAGAAACAAGAGAAAUGGCAAGAGUCCUCGGAAGAUGACAACAACGGUAACGAGUACUAUAGUAAGUUGCAUCGUAGAUUCGAAAGAGAAUUCGAGGACAGCGAAGAGGAGGGAGAAGACGGAGAAGGCGGCGUCAAUGGUAAUAGCAAUGGCAACGCAAGAACUGUAGAGAAUUACGAUCCUCUGAAUGGCGAGUUGGGCUCUGCCUCGUUCUCAUCUUCUGAAGAUGAGUUGGAUGAAAUUGAAGAAGUCGAGCUUGAUGCCUUGGGUAACACUAUAGUGAAAAAGAGAUCAUCUGCAGGUGCGGACACCAACGUCAAGGAACCUUUGCGUGGAGGUGGUACCGACCUAGCAGGCAGUGGGCCUAACCUGGACGAUGAGGAGGAGGAAGAAGAAGGAGACGAAGAAGACGAAGACGAAGACGACGACCUCGAAGAUGAGGAUGAAGAUGAGGUUGACGAUGAUUCUGAAGAGUCGGAUUCUGAAGACUCAGACGACUCCUUGUUGGCGCCACCAGUGCCUCCUGCACAACCAAUCGUCUCAAACGUCCCAGCAGGCCCCUUGACGUACUCGCUAAGGUCUGUCAUUGUCCACUACGGUACCCACAACUACGGCCACUACAUUGCAUUCAGAAAGUACCGUGGCUGUUGGUGGAGAAUCAGCGAUGAAAGCGUCUACAUAGUUGACGAGCAGGAAGUGCUCUCGACGCCAGGCGUGUUCAUGCUAUUCUACGAAUACGACUACGAUCCUGAAACGGGCAAGAUGAAGGACGACUUGGAGUACCAAGAGUCCGAAAACAUAAAUACAAAUACAAAUACAACCGUAAGCCCUGUCACUGCUGAUGCUCCUGCAGCCACCGUGACAGAGUAA